AUGAGCCUGCCGUUCCCUACAGACCCUCGCGAAUUCGAUAGCGAUGAUCGCAUUUCAUUUUCCAAGCUCGACAAGAAGUUCAUUGCGGUUCAUGACGAUGGCAACGAGUACGAAUUUGACGCCGACAACAAGCAAUGGGUUCUUGCAGACGAAGAGCCAUUGGAGCCCCCAGUAACUGAUGCGUACGACGAUUUUGCCCAGUUUGCAGCGAAUGAGGCUGCAGAUGAUAGUUCAAGAAAGCGCAAAAAUGGAUCGGGUCAGGAUUCCGAGACUCCCGAACCAGGCAAGCCUUCGCGACCAAACAAGAAGCAAAAAGCACCCCCACAACCCAGGCAGAACACAGCUGUCUACGUUACUGGUUUACCAGCGGAUACAACUGUCCAGGAAGUCCACGAUCUUUUCUCGCGAAAAUGCGGUGUUAUUGCGGAAGAAAUCGAUAGCGGCGCACCACGAAUCAAGCUUUACAAUGACGAGGGCGGCAACUUCAAGGGCGAUGCUCUGAUCGUUUUCUUCAAGCCUCAGAGCGUCGAGAUGGCCAUUAUGCUCCUUGACGAUACAGACUUCAGGAUCACUGCAAGUGGAGCAAGCGAAGGACGGAUGAAAGUUCAAGCUGCCGAUUCAAGUUACAAGAAGGUGAAAUAUGACCAAGAAGGUGGUGGCGAGGAGCAGAAGAGCAAUGGCGCAACUGAGCGCAAGCCACAGAACAACAAUCGCGACAGGCAAAAGAUCAUCAAGAAAACCCAGAAAUUGAAUGCGAAGCUGACUGACUGGGAUGACGAUCUGCCAUACUCGGGACAGCCGGAGGCAGCGACCAAGUGGGAUAAGCUCGUGAUUCUUUCGCACAUGUUUACGUUGGAAGAGCUUGAGGAGGACCCUGCUGCUCUACUGGAAAUCAAGGAGGACAUCCGAGAAGAGUGCGCCAAGCUGGGAACAGUGACAAAUGUUGUACUGUUCGACCAAGAACCUGAGGGUAUAGUCUCGGUCAAGUUCAAGGACGCAGAAUCAGCCCUCGCAUGCAUCAAUCUUAUGCACGGAAGAAGAUUUGACGGUCGAACGGUGGAGGCUUUCCUGGCAUCAGGGAAGGAGAAGUUUAAGAAAUCAAAGGAUGAGGAUGCUCAUGGAGACUCGGAUUAG